UCAUGUUCACCCUUGUUGACUUGGAAACCAUCGAAAGCGUCGUCAGUAUAGUUAGAGGACAGCACGAGCACUGCUGGGUAUAUAAAUCAGUUACCCAUAAGCAACCCUUUUAAAAAAAUACUUUUAAUGAAAAUUGGUUUCAUUUUAUACCCCAGACUUUUUGCUAAAUAACCUAAAUAUUUCUGUAACAACGAUAUUACGUUACCAAAGCCAGUUAGCUGCUAUUAGCACUUAGCAAACUAGCAUUUGAAGUAGCUUACGUUUGUAGUUAUCUGUUAACUUAAAAAAGUGCUUUUUCAUACACUGUUUCCACAUUAUUUAAGUAAUACCUUAUACAACUCGAUACGGCUAUCUCUGGGUGUUUUAGUGCCCGGUAGGAAUUACUACGUAUAACGGAAACAUUACCUUUGUUAUGUACUUUUAGAACUAGCCUUCCUCCGUGGAUUAUUUUCCUUUUCUACUCAGAAUGAGUGUUAUUACGGUGCCUGAAAAUGCCAGCAGGUGGGAGUGAAGAUCGGGCAAGCACCCGGGAAAGAUUUAAUGAGGUGUUCAAGAAAUAUACUGCAUCAGAGAAAAAGAAGUCCAAGAAAAAAACUACAGAAACAAAGGAGACGAUUGUGCUUCAAAAUCUGAAAAAGAAUCUCAAUCUUGAAAAGGACACAGAAGAUGAUGAGACCAUCCUUCAGAACACAUAUGACCCUGAGCAGGGCAGCCCCCGCUACACCAAGAAUAAAAGGAGAGAGAAGGAGGUAGCAGAAAAGGUUAAUAUCAACAGCAAAAACGAAGAAGAAAUCACAUCAUCAAAGUCUAAGAGGAAGAGCAAAAGAGAACUUCCCUCCCUCCCUGUACCUGAUGAGAUUUCAGGUUACAGCCAAGACAAUGUAGAUUCUUCUAAAUCUGAAAUUGCUUUGGAUCGAGAUGAUGCUGGUUGUGGAAAGAAGCCAAAACGGAGAAGCAAGAAGGGAAAAAGCAAAGGGAACACAGAGGCUACAGCAGAGAGCCAGGUGGAAGAUUCAGAAGAUAAACUGCUGUAUGAAUACCAGCAGCAAAUAGCACAGGAAGAAGAAAGGACUCUGAAGAAAACAAGGGUCAAGGAGGAAGAUGAGAGUGUCAUUUCACAAAAUGUCACCUUAAAUAAUGACACUGGGAAAAAGAAAAAGAAAAAGCUCAAAUCUGUAAUCACAGAGUCAGAUGUGGGGGAUCAAGAUGAAGAUCAGGAUGCUGAUGUAGAAAAUGAAACAGAGUCCAAGGGAAAAAAGAAGAAGAAGAAGAAAAAGCAUGUGGUCAAAGAAGAAAGCGAGACAGAGCAAGAAACAUCAGAGAAACCAACAUUUGAUGACAACCUUGUUUUGGGAGUCUUCAUCCACAGAACAGAUCCUCUUAAGACACAUUUAAUGAUCUCACACCCCAUGGUGAAGAUCCAUGUUGUUGAUGAAAACACAGGACAAUAUGUGAAGAAAGAGGAUUGCCAUCGACAUGUCUCCUCAUUUUAUGAAGGAGAGAAAGUUGACCACAUUCUUCCCAUCAUGACCCAGCCUUUCGACUUUAAGAAGAACAAAUCCAUCAUACCUGAGUGGCAGGAGCAAAUAAUUUUUAACGAGCGUUUUGGUUAUUUUGUUCAACAAAAUAAUGAAAGCCCCAAAGUCAUACUCUUCUUUGAAAUCCUGGAUUUUGUGACGAUGGAAGAGGCCAGAGCAAACAUAGAUGUUGACAAGCACGAACGAGGGUUUAGAAAGAUUGCAUGGGCAUUUCUUAAGCUUGUUGGAACAAAUGGUGUUCUGAAUAUUGAUAGCAAACUUCGUCUUCAGCUUUUUUGCCCUCCUCAUCGGGCAAAGAGACAACCUAAAACAGUAGAGGUGUUUGAAUGGUGGCAGAAGUACCCAAGAAUCAAAUACGCCUCCACUCUUUUUGCUACAGUGAAAGGGAUUAAACUACCUGAACAUGUGGACCCUAGUAUCCGAUCUAUGAUGGCAUUACAGGAGGAACGAGGCAGCACCUCCUACAGUGAGCUGCAGAACGAGGUCACCAGGAGAAUCCUGACACAACCUCCUGACAACAAGCAGCCAGUCUUGAGAUGGAGCAGACUGCCUGGUCAGGUCUGUCGGAUACCUAACAAGCACUUUUUGGCGUUCCGUGGUGGUCAGAUGGGAUGUUUUACUGUCCUGUUUUCUCAUGCUGGAACCAUUCUGGCUGCUGCUUGUGCUGACAAAGAUGCUUUCCCUGUUGUAGUAUAUGAGAUUCCCUCCGGCAAGGUGUUAGCAGCUUUCAGUGGUCAUCUGAAAAUAGUGUAUGAUCUCUGCUGGUCCAGAGAUGAUCGUAGCCUGUUGUCUGCCUCCUCAGAUGGAACUGUGAGAGAGUGGAAUGUUGAGAGGCUUCUUGGGUCAGCCCAGAAGGUGCUCACUCAUCCUUCCUUUGUGUACUGUGCUCAGUACCAUCCCAGCACACAAAACCUGGUGGUUACUGGGAGCUAUGACUCACUGAUAAGAGUGUGGAGACUUGAUGUGGGGGAUUUGAAUGGCCAGUUGCUGCAGGAGUUUGAGGGCCACAACAGCUUUAUCAACACAAUUUGUUUUGACUCUGAAGGAACAAGAAUGUUCUCUGCAGACAACAUGGGCCUCAUCAUUGUGUGGAAAACUUCAGUAGUUGGCGGCCGGCAGCGACAGCAGCUAUGUCAACACUGGUGUAUAGAGAAGAAAAUUGAUGAGAAAGACCUUAGUGGUGUCCCCAUCAACAUGCUGCAGCUCCAUCCAAAUGGACGAUGCCUGCUCAUACAUGCCAAAGACAGUGUCCUGAGGAUGAUGGAUCUCAGGAUUCUGGCUGUGAAGAAAUACACUGGAGCCACAAACUACAGAGAGAGGAUUUAUAGCACUUUCACUCCAUGUGGGACUUUCAUUUUUUCCGGUAGUGAAGAUGGGAUGGCAUAUGUCUGGAAUACUGACACAGGUGACCAAGUCGCAGUCUACUCUGAGCUUUGCUACCCAACUGCUCUCACCGGCAUCUCUUUCCACCCUUACGAGAACAUGGUAGCUUUCUGUGCCUUCGGUCAGAGCCAGCCUGUGCACGUGUACUUAUAUGAUCGCAAAGUUUCUCAGCUGGAGAUGCUCAGUACCAAAGCAGCAAGCCGAUCAGCUUCCUUAGACCCCAGAACAGUCAGAAACACUCCUGACCCCAUGGCGCUGCAGGACCCAUCUGCUUCUUCAGCCUUGGAUCAGUUUGCUCAAGCAGCAAGACUUGCUAUGAAAAUGCAGUUUGUUAAAGAACGUCUGGAUUCAGUUCUUGAGCAACACCAAAUGUCUUAUGCCUCUGGAUUCACUUAUCAAGACAAAAUGGGUGCCAGUCACACAGAAAAGAGCUUUACAUCAGAUUCUGGCACAGUUUCUGUUAUAAGAGAGAUCACAGUGCUGCCAGAGGCCACCCCUGCACCUAAGAAAAUGGGAUUAGAUGCCUCACUCCCACCUCCAUCUCUUCUGUCGCCACACUCCAAGCUGCAGCUUUCUGGUUCUUUGGCAGAACAGCUUAUCCCCCAAGCAGCUCUAAACACACAAAACCGUGAGUGGCUUGGGGGCUUCAGUCCAGUUGGUCAACGUCCUAAAGGAGCUUCAUCUUUUAGGCUACAAACGACACCUCCGGGCAUGCAUGCAGAAGCAGAUUCCACCCCCUUUCAACAAGUGGUCAUUUCCCUCUGUGACUACAGAGCGACUCGGUCUGACGAACUGACCAUUCGUCGGGGUGAUAUCAUCCACGUGCUGUACAAAGACAAUGACACUUGGUGGUUUGGCCGGUUGGUCAGUGGGUUGCAGGGAUAUUUUCUUUCUUCUAACGUAGUAGAUCAGAGCAACCUCACUGAAGAGCUUGCAGAGACGCAUGCAGCUUUGUCUGAGGGGACUAUUGAGAGGUCAACACCAACCAGGGUAUCUGCUGCCGUUAGUUCUUCUGGAGAACUUCGGUUUCUCUCUGAGCCGACUCUUUCAGACACAGAACCGGAGCUGACCGACACCAAAAGUAGAAGGAAAAAGAAAGUGAAAAAGCCAGGGGUCCCAGCAGCCUCGUCUCAGGCCACAUUUUCAGAUGCAGAUGCUUCGGGGUCGACCAGAAGCAGGAGGAGAGGCAGAUCAGCAGACAGACCUCUCCCAAAGAGGCCGACGGGUCAGUCUAACUGUGCCUUUGAGCCUGAAACAUGAUACCCGAACCCAUGGACAAAUACAGAUGAUGCUGCAUUAAUCUCUGUUUUCAAGGUUUCUUUUCUUUCUCUUUGUUUAACAAUUAUAUAUUUUGGAUCUUAAUGUUUUAGUUAUAUAUAUAUAUAACUAUAUAUAAUUUUUAUUUUUUAACACUAAGUAUGCUUAUAUUCUGUACUGUAUCUAAUACAGAUUUUUUUGUGAAUUUGUUUAUUAUGGAAGAAGCUGCAAAACAGUAUGUUUAAAUAAUGUAUAAAAAAUUGCCUAAUUUUGCAGAAGACACACAGGACACAAGGCUUCUAAAAUAUUGUAGUUUCUACUUUUGUACAAGUUUGUACGUUAGAUUUUUCAUAGCAAUAAAAAUAGACAAUAUUAAUUUUAA